UCUCAUUUUCUCCAAAGGUUGAACUUUGGAUUUUGUUUUCUUCUACGAUUGAAUCGGGGUUUUGGGUUGUUUAAGGAACUUCAAGGAGCAUCGGAGGCUUUGAACUUAUUCAAUUCUACAUCAAAUCUCCUGAUCUUAAAUCUUGCUUUGUUUAAUUUCAAUGGAUGACAUUUUUUAUUUGGUUUUUUUUGAGAAAAUUUUAUUUAAAGGAUGUAUUAGUACUUUCAUAUCAACUUUUUAUUAUAAUUAUCAAACAUUUAAAAAGGUGGCUAGAAUUCUAUCUAGGGUCCAAAAUUUGUUAGUUUCCAAAUUUCCCAUCUCUCAGCCCGUCUUCAGCGUUCACGCCACCACUGCCAGUAACAGGUAAUAUCAAUAUGGAAACACUGAAGAAUCCGUAAUCUUCUAUAGACAACCAAACAGCGUAUUGCACUGCUGAGUUCAUCUACUGCUUUCUCGUUUCUAGGUAGGAAAAAAAGAAAAAGUCAUUGCUUGGAGAUCCCCAAGGGGAGGCAACUAUGUCGUUCAUGAAAGGAGAUUUGCUUACGAGAACUAGAAAGCUGGUGAAGGGCCUAGCCAAGGCCGAGCCUGUUUGGCUCAAAGCCAUGGAAAAGGCACCGCCUGUAACAUUUCCUCGUGCGAAUGCAAUUCAGAAAAUCACUCUCCCAGAGGAUGUUUACAUAAAGAAGUUUUUCCAGAAGCAUCCAGAUUCCAAACAUGAAGAUGCCAUAAAGAUUUCUUCUUUUGAUCCUCCACCAGCCCGUAUAUUUGGUUUGCGGGUGCUUGAGUUGAAAGAGCAAGGGGUUUCUGAGGAAGAAGCAAUGGCAGUAGCCGAUAUGGAAUACCGGAUGGAGAGAAAAGAGAAGAAGAAGGCAUAUUCCCGCUUGAAGAAAAUUGCACGCCUUCAAGGGAAGAGGCCUCCUGCCAACCCAUAUCCCAGCGCUAUCAAGGAAAUACAAGCUGAGGAGAAGAAGUAUGUUCACGACCGCUUUUACAAUCCCAAAAUUAUUCAACUUGUAAGGAAAUUGCAAGAGGAGAAGGUAGCUGAAGCGCAGGAGAGAUUCAGAGGAGGAGGAGGUUCCUGGUAACUUAAAGUGCCAUCUUUUGAUAAUAAUUUUGGUCCGUUAGUUCGUGAGAUUUCUUACUGAUUGGCUUUAGCUUUUGAUCAAGUAUUAGACAAGUGCAUUGGAAAGGAUUGUUAAAUAGUUUUCUUUAGCAUCCAUUUAUUGAAGGUUGAUGAAAUGCUAUACAUUUGUGAAGAUCACGUUAUAUGAUUGUUACAUUUUCCGAUUUAUGUAUUUUUACAUUUUC